GAAGAAGACGGGACACAAACAUCGCCGACCGUAUUCUUCGCCGCCCGCGCGCGUCUUCGGCUCCCUGCUCCACACCGCUCCCACCCACUCCCUCCAAGUGCUCCAUCGCCGUGUGUGUGCGCGAGAUUUCUGUUUCAGGUUCUGGUUGUAUCUGUUACUACUGCUGCUGCCAUUGCUGUUGCUGUUGCUGUUGCGUUCCUGCUGCAUCUUCGUUUUCUCUUCUUCUUAUUAAAAAUCGCGAAUGCUGCCUUACACUGCCAACUGCAGCUGCAACUGUUAACUGUAAACCGAAUUGCGAGAAAAACAUAAUUUUAUUUGUUCAGUGCAGUGCAAUUACAAGAACAAACGGGAAAACAAGAAGCAGAAGAAGAAUAACAAUAACAACAAAAAGGCAAAGCAACUGAAGCGCAAACACACACACACACACACACUCGCUGACGGGCAGUAGCAGAGCUAGAGUAGGGAUUGCGAAAGCGAGAUAGAAAUAAAGUAGGCAUAAUUUAUAGCACACACAAAACGGCUAAUUAUAAGAAAAAAGAAAAGACUAAAGAGAAUCGAUAAAAAAGGAACGGGAGCCGAAGGAAAGCCCAGAAAGUAUUACCCACGGCUACUACGGUGACGGCUGCAAAGAAACAAACAAACGGACGCCCACCACAGCUGUGAAUCAGGUCGCCCCUGCUGCUCCGCUUGCUUCUCCUGUCUCCUCCUCCAGUUUCCGAUUCGGAUUCGAAUUCGGUCUCACACACAUUAUGAGCCCGCCCAUCGUCACGCGACGCAGCGCCCAGCAGGCAAAGAUCCAGACACGCGCCAUGGUCAAAUCGAAGUCGGCCGCUGGCGGUACGACGGCCGCAACGGCAGCUGGAAUGAUUGGCGGCAGCGGGAACAGCAGCAACAGCAGCAGCGGCGGCGGCAGCAGCAGCGGGAACAGCAUCAGUGGGAACGGCAGCAACGCCGGCGAUCAGCGAAAGGCUGGCAAACCGAGCGCAGCGCUCUUGGAGGCAAAACGUCGUGCACGGAAUAUGCUCAAGAAUCAGGGAAACGCCAUGGCCGUGCAGGAGACGGUGACCGAUAUAUUCCAGAAUGCCAUGAAUGCCAAGGGAUUGGUGCGAGGACCCACGGCUCUGAUCUAUGACGAGACCAUGAGCCAGCACUGCUGUCUGUGGGACAAGGAGCACUACGAGUGUCCCGAGCGCUUCACACGCGUCCUGGAGCGUUGCCGUGAACUGAGUCUGGUGGAGAGAUGCAACCAGUUGCCUUCAAGGGCCGCCACCAAGGAGGAGAUCCUGCUCCUGCACACCGAAGAGCACUUUGAGCGGCUAAAGCAAACCGCUGGCAUACGCGACGAUGAGCGCAUGGAGGAGCUGAGCUCCCGCUACGAUUCAAUCUUCAUUCAUCCGUCCACCUUUGAGCUAUCUUUGCUGGCCACCGGCUCCACCAUCGAGCUGGUGGAUCAACUGAUCACUGGAAAGGCACAAAAUGGCAUGGCAAUCAUCCGGCCGCCGGGUCAUCAUGCCAUGAAGGCCGAAUUUAAUGGCUAUUGCUUCUUCAACAAUGUGGCUCUAGCUGCCCAGCACGCCUUGGAUGUGCACAAGCUGCAGCGCAUCCUGAUUAUUGACUACGAUGUCCAUCAUGGGCAGGGAACGCAGCGGUUCUUCUACAACGAUCCCAGGGUGGUUUACUUCUCCAUACAUCGCUUCGAGUAUGGCAGCUUUUGGCCGCACCUCAAGGAGUCCGAUUACCAUGCUGUAGGAUCUGGUCCUGGCACUGGCUACAACUUCAAUGUCCCCCUGAAUACCAUUGGAAUGACGAAUGCCGAUUAUUUGGCCAUUUUUCAGCAGUUGCUGCUGCCCGUGGCCCUGGAGUUUCAGCCAGAACUGAUCAUCGUCUCCGCGGGCUAUGAUGCUGCCCUGGGCUGUCCCGAGGGUGAAAUGGAGGUGACUCCCGCUUGCUAUCCUCAUUUGCUGAACCCACUACUCCGACUCGCCGAUUCUCGAGUAGCUGUCGUCCUCGAGGGUGGCUAUUGCCUGGAUUCCCUGGCCGAGGGUGCCGCCUUAACUCUUCGCUCUUUGCUCGGUGAUCCCUGCCCGCCUCUGGUGGAGCCACUGGUCCUGCCGCGUCCAGAGCUGACCAAGGCUCUGCUCAACUGCAUUUGCCUGCACAGGCCGCACUGGCGUUGCCUGCAGCUCCAGAGAACGUACGAGGUGGCCGAGCUGACCCAGCUGGUCGACCAGGAAAAGGAGAAGGAUAACGAUCUGCAUCAAAUUGUGCGCAUUUGGAUUGGCGGACCGCCACCCGUGGAUCGUUAUCCCACGCGCGACACGGCCAUCCCCUUACCGCCGGAGAAGAAAGCCCGGAACUUGGCCCGCUUGCAGGUGCUGCGCACAGAGACGAAGCUAUCGAUGCCGCCGAUCCGGGUUUGCUAUGCCUACGAUCCCCAAAUGUUGGAGCACUCGAAUCUCCAUGAUCCCGGGCAUCCAGAGCAGCCCUCGCGUAUUCUGCAUAUCCAUCAGAUGCACGAGGAGUACGCCCUGCUGGCAAGAAUGAAGCAGCUGCCAACGGGCAGGACUGCAACCACGGAUGAGGUUUGCCUCGCCCACACACGUUCCCAUGUAAAUUCUGUGCGUCGCCUGCUCGGCCGUGAUCCGGAGGAACUGCACCAGCUCGGAGCGGGCUACAAUUCAGUGUAUCUCCAUCCGCGCACCUUCGAUUGCGCCACCCUGGCCGCCGGAGCUGUUCUGCAGGCGGUGGAGAGUGUCCUGCGCGGUGAAUCCCGCAGCGGUAUCUGCAAUGUCCGGCCGCCGGGUCAUCAUGCCGAGCCGGAUCAACCGCAUGGGUUCUGCAUCUUCAACAACGUUGCGAUUGCCGCUCAGUAUGCCAUCCGAGACUUUGGCCUGGAGCGUGUGCUCAUCGUUGACUGGGAUGUCCACCACGGGAAUGGCACGCAGCACAUCUUCGAGUCGAAUCCCAAGGUGCUGUAUAUCAGUGUGCAUCGCUACGAGCACGGCGCCUUCUUCCCCAAGGGACCGGAUGGCAAUUUCGAUGUGGUGGGCAAGGGGGCUGGCAGGGGCUUCAAUGUAAAUAUACCCUGGAACAAGAAGGGCAUGGGCGACCUGGAGUAUGCCCUGGCCUUUCAGCAGCUCAUCAUGCCCAUUGCCUAUGAGUUCAAUCCCCAAUUGGUGCUGGUCUCGGCCGGUUUCGAUGCUGCCAUUGGCGAUCCACUCGGCGGGUGUAAGGUCACGCCCGAGGGCUACGGCCUGCUCACCCACUGGCUUUCGGCGCUGGCCGGUGGCAAGAUCAUCGUCUGCCUGGAGGGUGGCUACAACGUGAAUUCCAUUUCGUACGCAAUGACCAUGUGCACGAAGACGCUGCUGGGCGAUCCGGUGCCCACGCCCCAGCUAGGUGCGAUGGCACUGCAGAAACAGCCGACCGUGGCCUUCCAGAGCUGUGUGGAGACACUGCAGGCGUGCCUGCAGGUGCAGGGCCAGCACUGGCAAUCGCUCAAGUUCGUGGGCAAACGGCUGCCUCGUGAACCGUUCGUGGGCGAGAACAACAACGAGGAUUUUCUUACCGCCUCCUUGCGGCAGUUGAAUAUUACAAAUGACAGCGUUCCGCGGGUAGCGGGCGGAGCCGAAGGCGAUCGGACCGACUCCGGCGAGGAACGGCCCAGCGGGAGCAAGCCCAAAGUCAAGGUAAAAACGCUCACCGAGUACAUGGCGGAGCACAAGGAGGCCCUCGAGCAGAAUGAGAUGUUCGCCGUGUAUCCGCUCAAGACGUGUCCUCACUUGAGCCUGUUGCGACCGGAGGAGGCGCCACUAACAAUAAAUACAAAGGCGGCGUGCAGCGAGUGCGAUUCGCUGGCGGAGAACUGGGUGUGUCUGAGCUGUCGGACGGUGGCCUGUGGGCGUUACGUGAACGAGCACAUGCAGAUGCACUCCCUGUGCUCCGAUCAUCCACUGGCUCUGAGCCUGAGCGACCUGUCCGUGUGGUGUUAUGCGUGCUCCGCCUACCUCGAUCAUCCCCGCCUGUACGUCUUCCUCAAUGCAGCGCAUAUGGACAAGUUCGAGGAGCCCAUGGCCUGGACAUAUGCCUGCCAGCGACGCGAGGACGGUUGCUACGGACUAGGACCGGACGGACGAAACGAGGAUGACGGCCCGGGGAGCAGCAGCAGAGCUGGGACUAUCUGCAUCCAGCUGGAGCGGAAUAACAACGACAGUAACUGACCCAUGGCCCUCGUCCGCGUGCUGGACGCCCUCACGAACUACAUGUGCACACUCUGCCCGCCGCUCAGACACCUGAUCCAGUUUCUGGCCGAGCACCUGUGGCCGCUGCUGGAACGCAUUUACCUAAACCUUCUCCACUAUUUCCUGGCCCCAUGAGAGAGGGAUAGAUAGAUAGCUAUCCCGCCUUCCUACCCCUAGCACAUUUCCGCUAAGCAAAAUAAAACAUGAAGUUAUUGUUGAUUUGGGAGCUGAAAUCCUGAUCCCGGCUCCCUCUACUGUAUACAAAUUAAAAUUGUUAAUGUUAUCAGCUAAUUACUGUCUAAUAAAGAUUUCGAUAGUUUUUGGAGUAUUUUUUGACCCGCAAA